AUGCCAGUACUUGCUCAAACCGCCGCUCCAGGCCAAAACCUCUCGCUCCCGACUGACCGGACGUCGUCUUCGAUCCCUCGUUCCGGCGAAGAAGGCGGUGGCGUAUGGGAGUAUCCUUCUCCUCAGCAGUUUCAUAAUGCGUUGCUGAGGAAAGGAAUGGAGACCGCCGAGGAAGACGUGGACAUGAUGGUGCAGAUACAUAACUUCCUCAAUGAGCGUGCUUGGGACGAGGUGCUCAGAUGGGAGCGAAGACAAGACGAGUCUGCCACAGUUGAACUCGCCCGUUUCAAAGGCCGACCAGGCGAGCUCUCGCCCAAAGCCCGCUUCUGGCUCUUUGCAGGCUGGCUUCUUCCAACUCGAUUUAACUCUGAACCGCCCUUCGACCGACAUGACUGGAUAGUCAAACGCCGCUCAACAGGCGAAGAAGUACGCUACGUCAUCGACUACUACAGCGCGCCUCCCGAACCCGACGGCUCUCCUUGUUUCUCGCUCGACGUCCGACCCGCACUUGACAGCGUCAGCAGCGCGCGAGACCGUAUAGCAGUUGCCACCGAGGAAGCAUGGACAACUUGGAAAGCCAAGCAAAAUGAGCGCGAAUCUUCAUAA